AGUCCAAAUCUGUGCUCUCCCUCUAAUGGAGCGCGUGCCUCCUCCUCUCUACGUAAGCCUACGGGAACUCGGUAAAGAAGAAGUUUGGAAGAAAAACGUUGCCGUUGUACGUGUAUACAUGGAUAUGGCCUCCAGUUGAAGAAGAAAAACUGGCGAAAUGCCGACGAAUCUUGAUCUAAACUAAACUAAAAGAGAAACAAGAAUCGAGUCUGUGACUUUUUUUUUGUUUCGUUUUAAUGCAAAGUUUUAGCUGGAAGAACAGAAGUAAAUAAGAGAAACGGAAUUUACCGGUGAGGUUAUUUUUUUCCCCCCUAAACAGGACAUAACACUAAAUGGACGUUAAGCUGAUCCUAGGAUAGUCUCGUGUGUGUGGAGUGAGAAAAGGGAAGAGCCAAAAAAAAAAAAAAAGUUUUCAACCUCAACAAAUAUUCUGGACAAAGAACUAUGGCAAAGAAAUACGACUUCCUCUUUAAACUGCUGCUGAUUGGUGAUAGCGGGGUGGGGAAAACAUGUCUGAUCAUCCGUUUUGCAGAGGAUAACUUUAAUUCAACAUACAUAUCAACUAUUGGUAUUGACUUUAAAGUGAAGACCAUUGAGGUCGAAGGGAAAAAAGUCAAGUUGCAAGUCUGGGACACAGCAGGGCAGGAGAGAUUUAAGACCAUCACUACAGCUUAUUACAGAGGAGCAAUGGGUAUCAUCCUUGUGUAUGACAUUACUGAUGAGAAAUCCUUUGAGAACAUUCAAAACUGGAUGAAGAGUAUCAAAGAGAAUGCGUCAGCUGGAGUGAGUCGAAUGCUGCUGGGCAACAAGUGUGACAUCGAAGCCAAGAGAAAGGUGUCUAAGGAGAUAGGCGAGAAUCUCGCAAAAGACCAUGGGAUUCGGUUCUUCGAGACAAGUGCAAAGUCAAGCAUUAAUGUUGAGGAGUCCUUCAUUGCUCUGGCUCGAGAUAUCUUGAUAAAAUCUAGCACGAAGCAGGGCUCAGGUGGCCGUGAAGUCAAACUCACCAGCUCUACCCCGGAGAAAAAGCAAUCCAAAUGUCUUUUGUUGUAAUUCACAUCAGCGCACACCAACCAUGCAGCAGUAUUACACACAGAUGAAUUAAGUAUAGAACCUUGUGGAAACUGAUCAAAAUGUAUAAACUGAACUUCAUGACAAAACCAUACAUAAGAGACAUCUUUAGAAUUUUGUAAAGAUUUACUGUAACAGGUUUGUUAAUAUUAUCAUAACAGGUCUGUAGUCAGGUUUGAGUUAUUAUAUAUUUGCUUAUUCUCAACUUUUAUAUUUCUGCUGGAGCUCAUGUCGAGGUAUUAGAAUGCUUAGUUAAAAUGAUACUGUCUGUUCUACAGACAGUCCUCCCAGCUAUGAGCUUUGGUGUGUUCAAUAUCAAAGGUGCCCCGAUCGAAAGGUUUGGCCAAAGUGUUAAAAGUGCUUGUAUUUCAGAUAACAAAUACACAUCAAAUUGUGCCAAUCAAACAAAAUGGCUCGAAUGAGAUGAACGAAUAGUUUGUACACUUAGCCAAGGGUUUAUUAUUAAUCCUGACUCACUAACCUCCCUCCAGCUGCACAAGGGGUGGAGGACACAACUUCCCUUUGUAGAAAGAUUAGUAUGGCUAAAGUACUCUUAUACAGCCUUUUUCCCUUCAGCAUAUUUUAAAUAUGUAUUUUAUUGCUUCUGUUUAUAAACGGCUUCAUUUGGAAUUUUCUUUGUUGCCUUGAAAAGGAUCAAAGGAAUUUUGGCAGGAAUUAACAGGAAACAUGAAGCGCAAGUUGAUGAGGGAGCAUAGGAAAAUCCGUAUUGAGAGGAAUACAGAAAGGACAUAAUGAACUACAGAGUGAUGGGAAAAUGUUAGGUUGUAUUUUUGUGAAAGUGUUUGUGAGAGAAAUUGGUAUUUAGAAAAGUGUUUUUUUUCGUUUUUUUUCUUUUCUUUUGCAUAUAAAGAAGCAGUGCACUGUGUAGUCUCAUAACAUCUCCAAACCCCAGGUGCCACACUUUGUUUCUGGAUAGCUGCUUUUAAGCUUCUUUGAAUAAACUGUGGAAUAUGCAAAGUACAUCUGCAGCUGCUGUGUAAAUUUUUAUAGUUUAUUCAAAGCAUCUUAAAACUUUGAGUCUGGAAAUCCUUCUAUAUUCCUAAAGUGUCUCCCUUUCGUAUUUUGCUCUUACCAAAUUGUUAUAUUACAUAUUAAGAUGUUCAAUUUUGUAUUCUUUUUGACUGUAUGGAUCACUGUGGAUAAAAGCUGACAAUAAACUUGCAUUUUGCUUUCCA